AUGGCGGCGGCGGCGGCAGCGGCGGCGGCGGCAGCAGCGGCGGCCGCGGACUCGGCCCAGUGGCUGUCCGUCAAGGAGGAGACGCUCUUCCUGCACGACGGUCUGAUCCGAGUCACGGACCUGGUGGAGCUGCCAACCGAGAUCGGGGCUUCGGCCGAGGCCGGCGAGAGCGAACAGGAGAUAUUGACAUUCGAAACCAAAAACCCAGAGGAACUGUCAGAACGCCUGCGUGCUGUGUGCGGGAACCAGAGCAACGCCUACGCACGACUACUAGAAUACCGUCUGAACGCACUCCGAGGCCUGUGGAACGCACAGAGACAGCUAGCCCUCGAGGAGCAGCAUGAGCGCGAGAACUCCAGCGACGAGGAAGCCAUGUCUUUGCUCAAACGACAGGGCCUGUUACAACAGCCUGAGCAGGCUCCCUUCACCUCUCGCAUGGGGCUCUUACUGGUGUUCCCUCUGAUCCAGUCGCAGAGUAAAACAGACCCGUCUCUAUGUAACAUCACGGCUGAGGUGCUUCUGAACUGCCUCAGGGACUGCCAGCCUCUGAGCCUCACAAAAGAACCUGGUGACUGUCUGAACGGCCUGGAGGCCCUCCUCUGCUCUUGGUUGGAGGAACCACCCGCCUCGGACCAUCCCAUCCCACAGAAACAGAAAGAGAAUGCCGCGGCUGCACUGGUGGCCCUUGCCUGUGCAAGAGGUUCGCUGAAAACCCUGAUUCACACAGUACACCUGCUACAGAAACAGACGGACCUGGGAUUCUUAUCUGUUACCGAUGUGCUUCACAGGCUCCUUCUACUUGAGGGCGGGCCAGGUUCUGCCUCCUGCUUGCUGGGUAACAAACACAUGGUAUCCUGGGGGUUUGAGGACAUGCUGUCUGCACCGGAAAGCAACAGUGGCUCCAAUGACAACAAAGAUGCAGAUUUGGGUCGCUGCCUUGCAACAGAUGGGCUGUACCUAUAUACAACUAACUCCGUUGGCAAGGGGAUCAGCAAGCUGGGCUCAGGGCUCCAUGGGACUCUACGGGGUUUUGUCUAUUGUCGCAACGAGGACCUGGAAACUGGCUGGAUUGCUUAUGGCAAGAGAGCACUCCUUCACCGGCCUGCCUCAUUCGAUAGUAAACCUCAUUACCUCUUCCAACUCAUCGAUCAGUACACCCUGCAGGUCUCCCAGAUCGUGUCCAUGCCCCCAAAUCAUUUCCCAAUCGGCAGCAACAUGACCACUGUCCACCUCUGCUCUGAUGGGACUUACAUCUAUUGGAUCUGGUCUCCUGCAAGCUUGAACGAAAAAACUCCCAAAGGCCACUCAGUUUUUAUGGAUGUCUUUGAACUUGCAAUGCACAAUGGAAUCUGUGCAGCACACCCUCUCCAGGAACGUAUAAUUUUAACACGGAAGGAGGGGGAAUCUGCCAAAAGCAUAAAUGAGAUGCUGCUGAGUCGACUCUCCCGCUACCGUGCCUCCCCUUCAGCCACAUUGGCUGCGCUCACUGGCUCAACAAUUACCAACACCCUGAAGGAAGACCAGUCUGCAAAUACAAGCUGUGGCUUACCCCUGAAGACCUUAAGGAAGACCCCUAUGUACACGUGUGGGACGUACCUGGUCCUGCUCAGUGCCCCGCCAGGAGGCUCUGGGAGUUCAACAACACGCUCCCUGUUUGGUGGCACGAGUGGAUUGUCCUCUUUAAAAAUUCUGUCCUCCAGCCUGGUGUUCAAUAUCUCCGAUGGUCAAUUCACCAGCCGUGCAGACCUGAUUGAUGCUGCCGGCAGUUCGCUUGGGCGAGGAGCUCUGGUACCAGGGCUGGGCGCUUGCUAUGAUGCGAUGAAUAAUAUGAUCUGGACGUGUUCUAGCGACUACAUGGAUCAGUGGUGUAAUCCCGGUAACCAGGCCUUCCACCACAUCUGCCAGAGGCUGGGUGUGAGCCAUGUCAUCCAACAACCCAAAGACGCGGCAAUGUCAACCAGCGAGGUGAUUAAUCAGCUUCUGCACCACGUAGGAGCCAUGUGCAUCCAUCAGCUCAAUCUGCUGGCUGCCAGCGUUAAUCUGCCCAUUUCCAACUUUCUGGGCAAGCAGCACCCAAUCGAGGCCCAGCACCUCAGCAGUAUCUGUGACAUCAUGGAGAAAGCCAUGUCUAACAGUGAUACCUGCAUCAUACGCUGCAUCCUUGUUGUUUUUCAGGUUAUAUUCAAAUUUUUCUUCAAUCCUCAAACGGAGAGAAAUCGGGAGAUUGUACGUCGGUCGGAGCUGCUCUUAUGGCAGCUUUUAAAAACGCCUGUUGAUCAGAUUGGAGUUGAGAUUCAGAAGGAGGUGUGUCUGGCAAUAAGCUCUGGACUCCACACGCUGUACCUAGGAGAGCUGGAGCUGAACAACCUACUGAAACUGGUCUUAACAGAAGGAGAGAGGAACAGUGGCCUUUGUCAGUUGCGAGACAUUAUCUUGGUUAACCUGGCUGAACAGCUGCAGAAUAACAGAUUUGGGAGCGAAGAUGAUGAUCACUAUAGGCUGAAUGAUGAGCUCCUACACUACAUCCUGAAGAUCGUGGUGCAAGAAUCGUGUAUUCUCAUCACAAAGUGCCAAACUGUCUCGAAGGAAGAAUUUCUCCGGCUUCUUGCUACAGUGCCAGUUGCAUCGGCCUGCCUGCGUUAUUUGAUGGCAGUGCAGAACCAUCUCCUUAGUAACACGGUCUUGAUCAAACCCGAUGAUCACGAUGAUAGUGACAGCUCCCUGCAGGGGGAGACAUUGAAGGAGCUGCAGACCAGUAUCUUGGCAUUGGCCACUAAAAUCUUGGCUGGAUGUGACGAGGUGCUUGAAAAACUCCAACAGGUCACCACGUCAGUGAUUAACAGUGAAAUGGCCGACAAAGAGCACAGGUUAAAGGGCUUGGAGCAGAUCACCAAGGCCACGAUGCUGGGCCAUCUGUUGCCAGUAUUGCUCACCUCCCUGAUGCACCCGAAUCUGCAGACACUGACCAUGGCGGACGCUCUCAUGCCCCAGCUCGUGCAACUUGUCCUCUACACCAGCCAGACGGCCUUGCUGUUGAAGACCCAGGCUCCGGUGUUUGGAGACGUGGGAGACGAUUCCUCCAGGUGGCCGGAGCACAGCCAGAAGGGGAAGCUGCUCUCGCUGGACGACAGGAGUUGCCGUAUAUUGGAGGAGAAGGAAGAACCUGGCUUUCUGACUGGCUUGAAGAUCCCUGCCCCAUGGGCUGCUGGUAAGACAGUGGAAACUGUCCAUCCCGUGAGAGACAACUACAAGUUCAAGGAGACUGUGCACAUCCCGGGUGCUCGGUGUCUGUACCUGAGGUUCGACACUCGAUGCUCCUCCCAGUACGACUAUGACAAGCUGGUGAUCUAUGCCGGUCCCAACACCAACAGUAGAAAAGUAGCAGAGUACGGAGGGAAUACACUGGGCUAUGGUAGUCGUAGUGUCCUGGGAACUGGCUGGCCUAAAGACUUGGUCAAGGUGGAGGGGGACACCGUGACUUUCUCUUUCGAGAUGAGGAGUGGACGAGAGCACAACACGCCUGACAAAGCCAUGUGGGGGUUCGGGUGUACAGUUCGAGCCCAGGAGUCCUCCGAGGAUGUGUCUGGCGGGCUGCCCUUCCUGGCUGACCUUGCCUUAGGUCUGUCUGUGCUCGCCUGCUCCAUGUUACGAAUCCUUUACAGUGGACCUGAAAUGACCAAAGAAGAGGAAGCUUGUCAGGAACUGCUCCGAUCCAAACUACUACAGCGUUGCCAGUGGCAGGUGGAAGCCAAUGGCGCGUUGUCUCCUGCCCUGACUCCAAGCCCCUCGCCUCUGCCGUUAACCAUUGACGAGGACCGGGAGUUCACCUAUCCCUGCGACGCACUGGCACCUCCGGCUCCAGUCACCGGCCAUUACUUCGAACUGCCGAGAAUCCGACUGCCUCCUGGAAUCAUGGGGAAACUCCGGGAAAUAUCUGGGAGAGCCCGACCUCAAUUUAGACCGAGUAUUAAGGAAGUGAUUCAGCCAGAUGUAAUGGAGGAGAUGGUGGUGUCUUGCGUGAUUAAGCACUUGAACCUGAUUGAUGCGCUACAGUCCCUGAUCAACUUCCAGUACCGAGAGGAGCACCUGGAGGAGUACGACCUGCUCUGCAAAAUAAUGGGCGAGACCUUCAAAAAGCUCAAUGCUAUGGAAAGGCAACUGCAGAGUGUAGCAGAGCUGGAACAGAAGUGGCAGAACGAGGUUGAAGACGGCCAGCAAGGCAAGAUGGAAAACAACGUGCCUUUCUUCCACGACUAUCACUUCAACGAGAAUAAAAUCAAAGAGUUAGAGCUGCUCUGCUCCCUGAAGGAAGUGCUGUUCGACUCCAACGACUUGGAAAAUAUGGUGCUUUUGUUAAGGGAGAAGUUUGGCCAAGAAAUCAACUCUCUGCUGCCCAAGUCUUCACAUUGUUUACCAAAGACCAAAGCUUUGGUGAGAAGCCUGAUGAACCGGGCUGAGCUGCUACUGCAUGUUACCAUCGCAGCACAGUCUGGCCUGACCAGGAGCAUUUCAGGAACCCCAGCUGACACGCCAGCGUGUAAAUCUGCCUCGGAAACCAAGGUGAUUUCGCACACUGUCCGCCAGCCCGUGUUUCUGCGCAGCAUGUCAGCACCCUCUGACCUGGAAAUGAUUGGAAAUCAGGACUUGGAAUUCACCAGAGCCAAUCAGAGGAGGCGGCACGGAAACAGCCAUCGGAGCAGCUCCUUCACUCUCCUCCAGUCACUUGCGAUCGAGGACAGUCGCGACAAGCCAACGUACAGCUUGCUGUUGGGGCAGCUUUUCGCUUUCAUUGGGACCAACCCCGAUCAGGCUGUGUCGAGCAGCAGUUUCCUCCUGGCGGCGCAGACGCGGUGGAGACGCGGGAACACCAGGAAGCAAGCCCUGGUGCACAUGCGGGAGCUCCUGACUGCAGCCGUCCGGGUGGGCGGUGUCACACACCUGGUGGGGCCAGUGACCACCGUCCUACAGGGUGGGCCAAGGAUUGAAGAGCUGACGUGCGGUGGAAUGGUGGAGCAGGUGCAGGAGGCUUUUGGCGAGACCAUGACCUCUGUCGUUUCUCUUUGUGCCCGUUACCCUAUAGCCUGUGCCAACAGCAUUGGCCUUCUCUGUACCAUUCCAUACACCAGGAGCGAAGAGAAAUGUCUGGUGCGGAGUGGCCUGGUGCAGCUGAUGGACCGGCUGUGCAGCCUGAGCAGCCAAAGAGACAGCACCUCCAGCGAGAAGCAGACAAAGAAGCAGAAAGUAGCCACCAUGGCCUGGGCUGCCUUCCAGGUGCUGGCUAACCGCUGCGUGGAGUGGGAGAAGGAAGAAGGUGUGUCCUCGAACGCGGUGCAUUCUGGGCUGGCCCGUCAGGUGUCGAGCCUGUUGACCAACCAUCUGGCUCGGGCCACCGAAUGCUGCGGGAACCAAGCUGCAGGGAACGAUGCCCUACAGGAUGUCCUCAGCCUCCUCAACGAUCUGUCCAGAAGCCAGAUUGGGAAAGCCAUCCUGAGCCAGCCAGCCUGCGUCUCCAAGCUGCUCUCCCUGCUCCUGGACCAGAGACCGUCUCCCAAGCUGGUGCUCAUCAUUCUUCAGCUGUGCCGCGCAGCCCUGCCUCUCAUGAGCGUGGAGGAUUGCGGCAAUGUGGAGCUGCCUCCCUGGAGCUACUCGGUGCCUGCACUGGAGAACGAUGCAGAUGAUCCCGGGGACCCUGCUUCCAAUAUUGCAUCCCUGCUCUUGGCCAAACUGGCUGAUUACGUCGUUCCGGGCUGCCAGACUCUGCUGUCUCCCAGCUCCUCCGAAGCUGGUUCGUCUUUCACCAAAUCCAGCCCAAAGAGCUCAAUCAAAGCGGACAAAGAGGGCGGAGAGGAGAGCGAAGCAGUCGAUGGGAAACUGUCCAUCUUAAUUCAUAAACGUGAGGACCAGUCAUCCCAUGAAGUCCUGCAGCCGUUAUUAAGCAGUUCAGAGGGACGGCCUUUCCGACUGGGAACCGGGGCCAACAUGGAGAAAGUGGUGAAGAUGGAUCGGGACAUGACAAAAAGUGGCUAUUGCGAGGUCAUCACCGAGGAGGCAAUUGCCGCCUUACGCAAGGCAACAAAAUGGGCGCAGUCGGGACUGAUUGUGAGCGUGGGACCACCGGUGGAGACGGCUGCACAGGAGACCUCCAGCGGGCUGACGACUGGCGACAAGAAGAAGACAGCUCAGACAUCCAUCUGCAGAGAGAAGAAUGCCGAGCUGGCCAGGACGGACCCAGUCCGACCAUUCAUCAGCGGCCAUGUAGCGAACAGCAUGGCGGCUGAGGUCAUUGCUUUGCUGCACAACUUACUGAUGGCCCCGGAGUCCAGCACUGCUCAGAUCUGGACCACAACUGCAGAGAAGGUGUUGUCUCGAGCGCUGAUGUACAUCCCCCAGCUGGGUAAAUACGCGGAGAGUAUCCUGGAGAAUGGAAGCAGCAGUGGGAGGAAACUGGCCAAGCUUCAGGCUAUCGGCCGGCAGGCGGUGGCCGCGCUCUGUGCCCUCGGGGGCUUCAAAGAGACCAUCAAAAUCGGGUCAGAAGUGCAGGUUUCAGGAAAGGGAAUAUCUGGUAGCAUUGGGAUCGUGAUGUCCAUCAAUGAGCAAGAAGGCAUUGCCACCGUCCGAUUCCCCCCCAGCGAUUAUAAGAAGACCUCCAAAGCGUCGGAUAUACUGACUGUUCCAAUGGAAAGACUCUGCACUCCCAGAUCUGAGGCGCUGCCUCUGCACAAACUGUCCAUCACUGAAAAAGUGGUCCAGGCAGUUCAGUCCAUGUUGCUUCCCCAGGAAGGGAGUCUCUCUAUCCACACAUCACUGCCUGCAACUGGCGAUGGAUCAACUCCCGUGAUGGCAGUGGUACGACUUCUCGCCGAAAUCAGAACCAGAGCCUGCCUGGUGAUGGCCCAAUUGCUGGAGGACAGCUUGUUUUGUGAGGAGUUUAUCCAGCAAUGUCCAGCUGCGGUGGAGGUUUUAAACCUGGUGGCACAGGAGUGCAGCCCUGGUGAGCGCAUGCUGGUGGUGGAGGCGCAGUGUGAGCGAUUACGGAUGCUAUAUCGGGAUUGUGCCCGGCCUCCUCCUCCCCCUUUACAGUCUGACAGGAGACAGCCCAAAGAAAUUACCUGGUGCCCCUCACGAGUCUUCCCUCCAGUGCGCGCUUGCAUGUUUUCCUCCCACCUCACUGCUGUGACCUUCCUGGCUGAUCCAAGUGCAGGAGGAGGCCUACCUCGCGGCACCUUCAUCUACGCCACCUCACCGAUCCCUGUGCAGGCCCCGUCGUUUUAUUGGGAAUUAGAGAUUGUUUCCUAUGGAGACACGGAUGAUGACAGUGGCCCCAUCGUGUCCUUUGGAUUUGCAACAGAAGCAGAAAAAAGAGACGGAGCUUGGACAAACCCUGUGGGAACCUGCCUGUUCCACAACAAUGGCAGAGCAGUGCAUUACAAUGGGUCCAGUCUGCUGCAGUGGAAGAGCGUUCGAUUGGAUGUGACUCUCCUGCCUGGUGAUAUCGCGGGCAUUGGAUGGGAGAGAAGCGAGGGAACUCCGCCACCUCCAGGCCAACCAACCAAGGGCCGGGUUUACUUCACCUACUGCGGGCAGCGACUCUGCCCGUUCCUGGAGGACGUGUCUGGGGGGAUGUGGCCUGUGGUUCACAUUCAGAAAAAGAACACCAAAGUUCGGGCUAACUUUGGCUGCCGUCCUUUUGCUUACGCCGAGGGCCAGGCACACCGGAACGCAGCCGACCUGUGCGUGGACCUGGCCGAGGAGAUCAGUGCCAACUUCGAGGCUCUGCCGUUCGCCAUGGCCUCCGACAGCGACAACGACGCUGGGGCGAGCGUGGCCUCCGACACCGGCUCUCACGGGCCGCCCUGUCGCAUCGCAGCCACCACCGUAGCUCAGCAGCAAUAUGACAGCAGUGCUUCCUGCCGUUACAAAGUGGAACUGAGCUAUGAAAACUUCUUGACUUCGGGCCCGAACUCCCACCCUCCACCGAUCGCAGACGAUGAAAGUGAUGACGAUGAAGAUGACGAUGUCCCACGGGAGGAUCACUACGCACUUCUGGUUAAAGCCUGGGAAACCAAAGUCUUCCCUACAAUUCGCAGAAGGUUCCGCAAUGAAGCCGAACGGAAGUCUGGACUGGACCAGAUCAAAGGAGCACUGCAGUUGGGUAUGGUGGAUAUAGCACGGCAGACAGUGGAGUUCCUGUAUGAAGAGAAUGGUGGUAUACCCAGAGACCUAUACCUUCCCACCAUUGAGGACAUCAAAGACGAGGCCAAUAAAUUCACCACAGAUAAAGUCCGCAAAGGCCUGACUGUGGUAAUCCGAUACCCAGACACUAACAAUCUCAACAGCAGCACAGGUGGCACUGCAUUACCCAAGUUUGCCAUCCGAGGAAUGUUGAAGACCUUUGGUUUGAACGGAGUUGUUCUUGAUGUGGAUUCGGUCAACGAGUUGGUUCAGGUGGAGACCUAUUUGCGGAGCGAGGGUGUCCUGGUCCGUUACUGGUACCCGAUCGACAUGCUGGAGAGGCCGCCCACAGGCUACCGCAGGACGGCUGCUUACGGACUCGUCACCUUGGACAACACCAACAUCCAGAUCCACAGGCAGCUCCUGCGGUGUGAGGCGGCUCUGGCCAGGCUGUACUGCCGCAUGGCGCUGCUGAACAUCUUCGCCCCCAAGGCUCCGCACACCUUCACCCGUCUCUUCCACAUCCCGGCCGUGCGGGACAUCACACUCGAGCACCUGCCUCUGUCAAACCAGCUGCUGGCACCACCGCUCUCAGAUGGAACCAUCAGCUCCUGUUCAAUUCUCCUGGCCCAGUCCCUCCAGCACUGUAACCAAGGACAGAACUGCUCUCCCACUGAUCUCUUCUACCAGGGCAACUCCAAGCCUAUCAGGGAAUGGCUCACCGUGGCCAUAACACGGGCCUUACACCAGGGGGAGGACAGCUUAUUGGAGUUAACUAAGCAGAUCUGCUCUUUUCUGCAGAAUGCCCCGGAGCAGUUCCCAUCUGAAGAGUUCCCAGUGACUGAGUCCAAAGUCAGCAUGGACGUGCAUUUCCCCGGGGCUGCCUUUGUCAUGCUGUCCUGCAAGGAAAGUCCAACAGGAUUUCGGAAAGAUUCCUCUCUGUACAAGGCUCCCUGGGUUAGAGUGCUGGUCUACGGAUUGGGUCACAAAGUGCGGAGAAACGGACAGCUCAACCUCACGGAAGCAGUGUGUUAUCCAAAAGAUGCCUCGCCAACCAACACGGGACUGACACCUCCCCCAACCACAAACCAGUACCCCACCGUGGCUAUACCUACUGAUAAGCUACAUGUCAAACUAGGCGUCUCUCCUCCUCCCGGCGCGGUGCUGGUGCUAAACUCACUACCUCUUGAGUUUCCGCUUGCCAUGGCCUUCACCGAGCAGUUGUUAGCCUGGAAACUGGGAGAAAACGACGGGAGGUCAGAGGACGAGCUGGACACUAUCCCAGGAUCAGUCCUCCUGCAAGUGGUCGAGCUGUUCGCUAAUCUCCUGUGGACGACAGAUAUGGCCCCCUGCAUCAAAGAGAUGAUUUUCCACCUGGUGGCUGAAGUGUUACGAAAGAUCCAUCACCUGGAGCAGAGAAAGAAUCCCUCUGGCUUGUCCUCGUCCAUCGCCAUCCAGUUGAAUCCAUGCCUGGCCGUGCUGAUGGCAAUCCAGUCGGAGCUCCGCAAACUCUACGACGAAGAGACGCAGAACUGGGUGACCGGGAACGCCGGGAACAGCUCCGGCAUCGGGAUCGGAGUGACCGACCAGGGCCGCUUCUCCACCUACUUCCACGCCCUGAUGGAGAUCUGCCUGGCAGUGGCCGAGGUCACGCUGCCCAUCAACAUGAGCUCGGCCGUCAACGUCAUGACGUCCACCAGCGCCCCGAGCCUGAGCGACUCCUCCUCGUCGUCCUCCUCCUCGCCGGGGCAGACCCCGCAGAGCCCCAGCCUGCUCUCCAAGAGGAAGAAAGUGAAAAUGAAACGGGAGAAGACCUCAGCCACCAGCAAGCGGCCGUCCGCCGCCUCGCGGGGCAGCGAGAGCGACACCGGCAUCCUGAACAUCAGUGGGAGCAAGCCCGAGGACAUGCUAUGGUUCCACCGGGCGCUGACCUUGCUCAUGAUCCUCCGCCACCUGACCAGCAAGGAUCCCCAGGGGCUGGGCGUCACCAACGAUGCCGUGUCGGACGCCUGCCAGACGCUAGUGGGCACCACCUCUCACAACAGGCUGUUGGUCAUCUCCGGCAUCCCCACGCACCUCGAGGAGUGCGUGGUGAGGAACGCCAUCCGCAGGGCUUGCAGCGCCCACGGGGGAGUCUUCAAGGAGGAGAUUUACAUCCCGCUGCAGGAGGACGACCCCAAGCGGCUGAAGGCGAAGGCGGACGGGACAGAGGGCAAGCCAGAGCUGCUGGAGAAGCCGACCGCGGUCGGCAGCCUGGACAGCAUGGAGGUCAGCAGCGGCAGCAGCGUGACGCCAGCCAUGAGCAUGAGUGCCUCGGCCUCCACCAGCCAGACCUCCAUCUGCAGCUCACAGGGCGUGUCCAGGACCACCAGUGACAUCUCUGUCGAUCAGUUCCAAGCGAGCCAGGAACUGGUGGUACCCCUCGACCCCCACGUGGUGUCCAGUCAGGAGAGUCUGGACCUGUCCUUCUGCAGCACGGGGAGCCUGGGGAGCCUGGGAAGUCUGGGCGAGCAGAUGGACAGUGCAGAUUCUGCUUCCGUCUCGGACGUGGGAUCCAUGUACACUGUCACCUCGCUGGACAACAACCCGCUCGUCACCAGGCCCAUCAAAGGUUACGCUAUAGUGGAGGUGAGAUCCCGGGCGAAGAUCGAGAAGAUCCGGGCCAGUCUGUUCAACAGCAGCGACUUGAUCGGGCUGUCAAACCUGGAUGGUGAGGACGAACUGAUGGAGAUGUCGACAGAGGAGAUUCUGACCGUCUCGUCUGUCAAUCAGAGCCUGUUCGACACCCAGGGCAGUUCAGCACUGGAGGAUUAUUUCACUGAGAAGCUCAUAAAAGGUGAUAAGAUUGUUCCUGGAGCCCGGGAUGUGCUGGCGGAGAUCUUCAAGAGUUGUGCACACUCUGAGCAGAUGCUCAGCCUCGCCCCAGCCAAACCCAUCAAAGUCGCAGACAUUUUCCUCAGUAAAGAGCAAAUCAACUCCCAGACAACAGGCAACUUACUGCAGAUAUUCUUCACCAACGUCCGUCCGCCCAAAAAGGUCCUCGAAGAUCAGCUCACACAGAUACUGAGGAAGUACGGUGUCCCGAAGCCGAAAUUUGACAAGAGCAAAUACAGUAAGACGGGCAAGGAGCAGCACCCUGGGAAAGUAGUGAGCACAAAGAGGCCAAUGGGCAAACCUCCAGCCAAAGACAGGUCCGUGCUGAACAGCGUCAGAACUGCCCUGAGUGAGAAGAAGCCGAUUGUGAAAGCCAAGUCACCCGAGAAAUGUGGCAAACCCGAGGACAAGGAUCCCGAGAAAUCACCGGCAAAGAAACUCGAAGCACCAGAGGAGAAGUAUCUGACACUGGAUGGAUUCCAGAGGUUUGUUGUGGAUCGAACAAAACAGGACAUCCGGAGUGUGUGGCGGGCAAUUCUUGCUUGUGGUUAUGACCUGCACUUUGAAAGGUGUGCCUGUGUUGACACCAGACACGCUCAGAGAUCCUGCAAAAAGUGGACCCUGGAGAUGGAUGUGGCCCUUGUACAAUACAUUAACCGCCUCUGCCGCCAUCUUGCCAUCACCCCAGGCCGACUCCAUCCUCAUGAAGUCUAUAUCGACCCGGCUGAUACCCUUGAUCCCCGAGUCGCCUGUCUGCUGAAUGUUCCAAUCGAAAGCCUUCGGCUCCGCUUUGCACUGCUUCAGUCCUUAAACAACACCUUAGAGACGUUCUUCCUGCCACUGGUGGAGCUCAGACUGACGGACACCUACAUGGGCAGCAUCGCUUCCCUACUGCGACAGGCUAAAGGAUUAGUUUUUUACGACACGAAAGUGGCCGUGAUGAACCGGGUACUGAAUGCCACAGUGCAGAGGACGGCAGACCACGCCGCGCCUGAAAUAACCCUGGAUCCUCUGGAGAUCGUGGGAGGAGAAAUCCGUAACUCAGAGAACACCUACUUGUGCCAGGCAACUCGGCAGUUGGCAUUGGUGCCUUCAUCCCAACUCUGUGUCAAGUUGGCCAGUGGUGGGGAUCCCACCUACGCAUUUAAUAUCCGCUUCACUGGGGAAGAGGUACACGGAACAAGUGGUUCCUUCAGACACUUCCUGUGGCAAGUGUGUAAGGAGUUACAGAGCUCAACACUAUCUCUCCUCGUGCCUUGUCCGAGCUCUGCAGCUAAUCGAAACAAGGGCAAGCACAUCCUGAAACCCGGACACAUUACGUACGCGGAGGAGCAGUUGCUGCACUUCUUCGGGCAGUUGUUGGGGAUUGCGAUCCGCGCGGAUCUCCCACUCCCCCUGGAUUUGCUCUCCACGUUUUGGAAAACGCUCGUAAAUGAAGAGUUGGAUCCAGACACAGACCUGCAGGAAGUGGACAUUCUGACCUACAACUAUGUCAGGAAGUUUGAGACUGUUAACGAUGAGACUGAGCUGGAGGCGUUGUGUGCUGAAGUGACCUCACAGCACCUGAGCACAGAGAGUCCAGACUCCCCCAGCAAACCCUGCUGUAAAUUUACCUACGUCACCAUGACCAGCGAGGAGGUGGAGCUGUGCCCUGGAGGCAGGGAUAUCACUGUGGUAUGGGAGAACAAGGAAGCCUAUGCAUGUGCAAUCCAGAACCUGAGGAUGCAGGAAAUCGAGAGCAAGGACUGUAUGACAGCAGUGAGAGCAGGACUCGGCUCCAUUAUCCCCUUACAGCUCCUGACAAUCCUGACCCCCCUGGAGAUGGAGCUGAGGACAAGUGGGCUGCCCUACAUCAACCUGGAGUUUCUCAAGGCGCACACCAUGUAUCAGGUGGGACUGAUGGAGACGGACCAGCACAUCGAGUUCUUCUGGACGGCACUGGAAACCUUCACCCAGGAGGAGCUCUGCAAGUUCAUCAAGUUCGCCUGCAACCAGGAGCGCAUCCCGUUCACCUGCCCCUGCAAAGACGGAGGCCCUGACACGGCCCACGUUCCUCCCUAUCCCAUGAAGAUCGCACCUCCCGAUGGGGCUGCAGGUUCUCCAGAUUCCCGCUACGUCCGGGUGGAAACCUGCAUGUUUAUGAUCAAACUCCCUCAGUAUUCCUCACUCGACAUCAUGCUGGAGAAGCUCCGCUACGCCAUCCACUACCGGGAGGACCCCCUGAGCGGCUGAACCCGAGCGUGCCCACCACGCCGAAUCCAGAUCCGUUCAGAACAAGCGCCGAUAUCCAAACACCUGCUUUGGGGAAGGGGGAGGAUGGAGGAGGCGGGGGGUGGGUGGAAGAGGGAUAAAAAGGACUUGCGGUGGAAGUGCGGGUGGAAUCCGAACUCCGGUCAGGAGCAAAAAAAGGGUUCGUUCCUGAACCCUGUAACUAGAAAGCUGCUUCCGCGCUGGUGCACACCUUUUUGUAAAUUUCCAUUCCUGUGAAUGGACUUGGAAACUGGUUGAAUUGUGUUGCUGUCUUGUCGAGCAGCUAUCUCAAGAUCACAUGGUCGGUCGGUCGGUUGUCUGGCUAGAACAGUGUACUUUGCUUUCAAAACACUUUACUCGUGUUUAGGGGGAUAUAGUUCAUUGUAAAACGUGACUGUUUUAUAUACUCUGUGGUCCUAACUCUAGAGGGAGCAGCAGUUUUAUCAAGUCUUCAACUAGAGGAGAGAUCACUCGCUUUUUAUUCUCUCUCUCUCUCUCUCUCUCUCGUGCGUGCUCACUCCCCGGUUAAAGUUAAACCUCUGCCCUGAUUAAUGCACAUACAUGCACCUGCUCGCACACCCUUUCGGCAUCUGCACUGCGCCCACGGAAUCUAAAUGCUCCAGAGUUAAUGUGUUCCCAUUGGGAAGGGUCUGCUCUGAGGUGGGUUUGUGUGACUCAUGCCCCUCUCAUCCCCACUCCUCUUCCCCCCCCUCCCCCCCACCAGGGGGGGAAAUGAGCUCUUCAGAAGCCAGCCCAGACAACAGGAGCCACUUCCUCAGUUUCACCUCUGGUAACAAAAGCAUUACCACAGAAGUUUAUCAGAGUGAGCUGUGCUGAAUGGGAGUUAAUCUUACCCAGCCCCUCUCUUCCUGUUCUGUUUACUGCUGAGUUUUGGUGAUGGCCAGCAGUGUAAGCAGAAACUGGGAGUCCAGGCGUUGGAGCUGGGAGCAACAUUUAUUGGCUAUCAAACAGUUACUGAGAGAACCUGUUUACAAGGGACCAUAAAUGAGCAGGACAUGGUGAAAGCUGAGAGUUGGGACUCUUCAUUUCAGUGAUAUUGUGAGACCGUUAUCUAGAGAAACGGUGUGUGUUUGGGUGCCACUCGCUGGUUCUGCUCACUGACUCUGUGUAUUCUCGCCCUUUCCAUUGUCCUUACGGGUCUCUCUCUCCUUUCUUAUCCCAUCUCUGUCCACCACACCCAGUUCCACACCUAACAAACUGGGACACUGUCCCAGCAGCCAAUAAUGCCCUGCUCCGCACCAGCAGAGUGUGAGUGAAUGAGCUGGUCCCAGGGGAACCUUUCUAAUCUGCCUUUCCAGCAAAGAGCUGCCCGCCUUCACAUCCAGUGGCACGCCCUGACCCACGGGAGCCUUGCUGCCCUCAGAACUUUAUACCAAUGUUUUUAUGGCUUUUGUUAAUCUUACGACUGAAGUGCUGUGAUUCGACUAGUUUCUCAAGUUCUUUAUUAUCACUAUUUCUUCGCAGAAUAUCCUACUGCCCCAUGUCUGACGGGAGGGUCGUGCCUUAGAAUCGACGGCACCUUAGAAUUGGGAGUAAAGUUUCUUUUUUUCCCUCCCUCCUAAACCCUCUUAAGAUCUACCAGUGCCAUAGGUUCAAUAGAGCUUUGGAUUCAAGCAAAGCUGGUAGUCAUUCUUUACUGCAUAUCUUAUACCCGGCCCAUCGCUACAUAUCUUGUACACGGCUAUCACAGUCUGAAAGGAAAAGGGGAACAUAAGUAGGAAUUUCCUGUCUUUAAACAGCAGUGAUUCAUUUAUCACACAUCUAAUAUCAAUAGAACAAACUAAACUUUUUGGGGUGGAGAUUAUAAUCCUAUUAGUCUAAAACACUGUUGUGGAACUGGGGAAAUCUGAUGCAGAACUUGUGCACAUUAGCAGAAAACCAGGGCUGAGAGUAGGGCACAAACUUCCCUUUUAUACAAGGUGAGAGGAGCAGGAGUAAUGCACUAAGUUCCUAAUGCCAGGAAUGGGAUGUAUCUCAACCUUUGCGGUGCAGGUUUGACAUGGCGUGCACUCAGAUCAGGAGGCCUGAGGGUCAUGGAGCCUCCAGGAACAUAUUGUGCAAGUGUAAAUUAUCCUAGGGUGUAGAGUGCUUUCAUUAUUUUAUUUUUUUUGCUGUGCAAUUGUCAGGUGCUCUGCAAGUAUACACGUGUGUGAAGGCCCUAUUGUAAUAACUGAGUGAAUGAAGGUUUUGUGUAAUUGUAGUUAAGUUAUUUGGCACAUAAAGAGCAGAUUGAGCCACUGUCAGGAUCCGUGCUGAAAGUUCAUUUUAUCAGGAACUAGCACAGUGUAUAUUGUGUACAUAUCCACCAUCACCCAUCCUUUAUACUCCUACACAGUGCACACCGACCUCACGUAGGAGAAAGCGCUGGAGCUGAAUUUGCUGUAAAAUGGCCUUUAUAUUCACUGUGGGUUUAUAAAGCGUGGUGAAACGGGAGCUCGCUUUAACCUCUGCUGUGGCUGACGUUCGCCUCCAAUGAAUCAGAUCCAUUAAAAGGGGGAAUCAAACUCCAGCUGCUUGACUGCAUUAUACAGAUUGGAAAUUAAUGUAGUGGCAUCUGCAAUCCCAAGGAGCAUAAUCGCACAUUAUACAAUCCCCUGUUGUACUGCUAUAGGGUCAAUGACACACAAACCUGCGAAUUGUGUGAUUUUCAGAUAAAAUGCCGGUCAUAAAACAUGUCACUCCGAUCAAACCAUAAUAUCUGCUGCAACAGGAUUGCCCUGGCACGUGAGCAACUUAAACCCCGUUGAAGCGGAUUUCGUUUUCUCACAUCCUCCAGUUGUGGAGUUUGCGGCUUUUUUUCCCCCAAAAAAACCCUCAUAUUUGAUACAAAGUCCCUGCCUUUCUCCGCGGGGAGCCUGACACUAGCAUGGAUCCUGCUCUUUGUUUUUGCCUGGUUAGAGUGAUGUGGUUGGUGCUGGCUGUGGUCAUGUUAACCUGCUGCUACUACACGAGCUCCACUUUACUGAGAGCAAGCGCCCAGAUAUAAAAAAAAACUUUAAAAAAAAAGGACAUAUCAACAUACAGGUGUUAAUGUGCUCUGUACAGUUAUUGAUGUAUAUUUAUUGCAAUUAUUUAUGAAUGCAUCUUAAAAAAAGUCAUCUGUACUGUUGAUCUAGUCUGCAUCGGUCCCUAAGGCAGUGAUGUAUGAAUGGGAAUUACAUUCAUAUUAAAACAGUUGGACCAGA